ACAAGAGCAGAUGCAGCCCUGCCAGAAGACUCCUGUUUAGAUCCAUCAGUGUAUAUAACUUGUGAUAACUUAUUACUACCAGCUAGGCGAAAAAUUUCUUCUUGAGCAGUUGCUCUAACAAGAGAUUUAAGGAAGGGAUUACUAGCAAUGAGCUUCUUGGGAGGGACUUGUAGGUAUGUGAUAUUAAAUGAACACGUCUUCCAUGGAGGGGUGAAAUGCUCUUUUUUGCCUACAGUGAUACAGUUCAUGCAGGUUAUAAAACUUAAUGCAAUUGCACGUUUUCACAAUCCAUUUAGAUCUGUGUGUAUUUACCUCUAGACACUUGGUAAGAUUCACUGUGACAGUGUCUGGUUCGUUUCUCAACAUUCUAAUACCGAGUACAGUGUUAAUUUCAACAAUCCUAUCACUGAUACUAGAAAUACCAAGCUCCUUCCUCAUGUUAAGAACUUUUGUAGAUCUGGGACAGCCAAGAAUAAUCCUGAGAGCUUCAUUUUGCAUUAACUCCAAGGGUCGGAGGGAACUUUCUCUAGCUAAUAUCAACAUGGGAGCAGCAUAAUCAAUUAAGGACCUAACAUAGGCUAUGUACAUCAUUCUCACGCAAACAGACAACAUCACUUGAAAAAUAUGAACAAUAUGAAAAUGAACACGAACAUAAUUGCUACAUAAACUACUCAGGGACAUCUGCAAAGAUGGAAAGUGAAGCAGCAGCAAUAAUUUGGCAACGAUCUCUUGACAAACAACUAAGAUACACAACAAUAGUAAGUGACGGUGACAGCAGUACAUAUAAAACCAUUGUUGACCUCAACGAUGGUGAGGGACCAUAUCCAGGUGUAAAUGUUGAAAAAGAGGAGUGUAUCAAUCACUAUUCAAAACGGCUAAAGAACAGACUGACAAAUUUGGUGAAGUCACAAUAUGUUGAGAAAGAUUUGAAAACUGCGAGGAAGAGGAAGGAGUGUACCAUGAAGAAAAAGGGCAUGUUGACAGACUCUGUAAUUGAUAAGUUAGCACAGUACUUUCAAAAUAACCUGAGAGAGAAGAUCGGUCAUGGAGUUGAAGAUAUGAGGAAUUCUAUCAUGGCAAGCUUCUUCCAUUGUUCCUCAACUGAUGAAAAACCUCAGCAUCACCUAUGCCCAACAGGUGAUAAAUCCUGGUGUUUCUACCAGAAAGCGGUAGCAGCAGACCUUCCUCCACCAUCUCACACCAAGAUGAAAGUGCACUUCCAACUGGAACCUGCAUACAUGGAGGAGGUGCAUAAUAUCUACAAAGACCUAACAUCAGAUGAGAUGAUGCAGCGUUGUGUAAAAGGCAGAACGCAAAACCCUAAUGAAAGUCUGCAUCAACGCAUAUGGUCUUACAGCAAUAAAGCCAAAUAUCAAACCAAGAGGCAUGCUGAUUUUGCAGUCAGCCAUGCUGUUGCAGACUACAAUGCUGGAUAUGCGAGGAGCUGUCUCGAUAUAGCAAUGGGCUACGGACGUUCAGCAGUGACUCAAGCACAACUUGAAUUAAAGGAGAAGCAAAUGAAGCAAAGAUGGAACUGACGUGGAAAGAAGAGGAAAAGGGAGCUGGACACGUCCUACGAGCCUGGAGGACAUUAGAUGAUCAUGUGUCCACCUACAUCCAGUCAAAGAUUGAUUGGGAUGGAUUGUUAUGAUUGGCCGGCCACCAGAGAACUUCAGGAUAAAGGGAACUUCAUGGAACUUUAGGAAUAAUGUCUAUACAACCAGUUCUACUCUCAAUAAACGUAUAAAGGCA